CUGUGCCUAAAGCAAAUGCAGAAGCGACCAUGCCGAGAACAGGUACCAGUACCCCGGGUCCACGUUUUCUCCGUUUCAAGUAGCUCGCUAGAAGCUCUUCCUUUCGUACGCAACAACGGCGAACAACCACUUGGCUCACUGUUGCGUGGAACGGCUGAUCGAACUGACAACUCUCACACGACAAGCUGAGUAAGUGGUGAAGGGUAUCUCCGCUAUAGUAUUCCCAGAAACUGUCUUCUACCAUAUUCCAUGAAAGAACUUCCUAAGCCGCUUGGCUCUACAGCAAGUGACCUUUGCAGCCAUCGUGGACCUGGUUGUUGGCUAUCAUGUCUCUCACAAUGACAGAAAUCAGCUUCCCUUUCAUUGUCUCAAACGGGCCAAAGGUGCCUAAGGAGGCUAGGACGACCAUACGAAAGCAAGCCAUGAAAGACGUGGGCAUCGCUCGAAAGAAAAGAGGAAGCUAUGGUCGAGUCAAUAUGCGCCAGUUGCCGGUGUACGAAAAUGCGGAAGCUUCCACCGCCCAAAUCAGGGCAGCAGUCUUAAUGCCAAGCAGUGAAUCGCCAACGGUUGACAGCAGCCAGGCCAGAUCAAGGGCUCGGAAAUCUGCCCUAUCAGGCUCGACCCAUGCGCGCACUGCGUCAACUAAACCCUCAAGAACACUGGUACUUAAUGAAUGUGACGAGCAAAGUGUGUCGCCCUACCUGGCUGACAAAGAUGUGGCGUGCGAUGUUGUCCUGCGUUCCAUGGCGCCUUAUCCAAAUUACGAGCGUGCCUGCGCAAAAUUCGGGCUGGAGCUCACAAGCUUGGCGAUACUGACCAAUUUCAACGUGGGCAAGAGCACAAUCGCUAUGCUCUCUUCCGACCCUAGCCGCUUAGCGUCUCUUCUCGGCCACAAGAAGUGCUCAUAUCUGGACUACGUUCCUGCGUAUUAUGGCUCGAGCGAGUGUCUUACGGCUGCCACAGACUGUUUGCUUGCCAGGGUACACACGUUUCUGGCACCGAAAGAAGAGUGCCAAGCGGUGUGCAAUUGGCUGUAUGGCAAGGCACUUCGCAGUCUGCAGGAUGCCCUUAACUCCGAUUCCUUGGCUGUAAGUGCCGAUGUACUAUGCGCCACACAGCUGCUGAGUCUCCACGAGGUCGGUCUUUCGAUCCUUCUUCUUAUUGCAGAUACUGAUCUGCAGCCCAGCUUCUUGACCCCUCGAGAGAUACUGCCUGGUCUCACCAUGUACAAGGAUCUGCGCGACUCGUGCGUCACAGGUCAGUCGCACGCUUCAAGACGGAGUUUGAGCAAGCCCUGUUCAAAGCGCAUGUUGGCGGAGUCGUGUCGGAAUGUCUGCUCAACAACACACAUUGCUAUCUCGAACAGCCCGAAUGGUUGGAACUCUAUCUGUCGUUAAGCACCGAGACAAAAUUCUUGACGCAGUGCAGCACACUUACCGUGAAGUUGCGCCUUGCCAUGAUUGCGCUUCCGGGCUUGUGGCACGACAUUGGCGAAGCUGUCAACAGUGACGGCUUCCUCUUCCCACCACUAUACACCUUGGAAAGUCGCUGCCGAAAGUUGCACGCAGACCUACUUCACUGGCUCGAGCAAUACAAAGCCCACUGUGUCCGGCUGUCACUUGCCCAACUGCCGCAGUCGGAGUUGGCCUGGCGUAGGGAGCUCUUCGGCUCCGCGAUGGAGUGCCUUGCCAUUGUCAAACGGCUCUUAGCGACUGUCUGCGAAGCCGAGCGGCAGCCGUUGG